AUGUCCAUCCCGAAGACCCAGAAAGCCGUUUUCUUCGAAGAAAUUGGUGAUCUCGACGUCAUCAAGUAUGACGAUGUUCCGGUCCCUGAAAUUGGAGAAGGAGACGUAUUGAUUAAAAAUAGGUAUGCCGGAUUAAACUACAUUGAGACCUAUUUUAGGACAGGGCUAUAUCCCACUGAAAAGCCGCAUAUUUUGGGCCGUGAGGCAACAGGUGAAAUUGUCAAGGUGGGUUCCAAGGUGAACAAUUUGAAGGUUGGAGACAAGGUCGGAUAUCUCUCAACUGCUACAUUUGCACAGUAUACGAGAUUUCCUGCAACAGGAAACAUAUUGCGUCUUCCGGCCAAUGCAAAUGAUGAAAAUAUGAAGCUGGUAGCAGGUGCAUUACUUCAAGGUUUGACAGCAUUGACCUUUAUUUAUGAGGCAUAUGAUGUGCAGAAGGACGAUUAUAUUUUGGUCACAGCAGCAGCUGGAGGGGUUGGCCUUCUUCUUUGUCAGCUUCUCUCCAAGCUCAAGAAAGCUCAUGUUAUUGCGUAUGCGUCAACCGAUGAGAAGCUCAAGCUGGCACAAGAAGCAGGCGCCGAAUAUUUGGUGAAUUCCUCCACCACCACUUAUGAGGAGCAGGUCAAGAAGAUUCUUGAUAUAACCGGCGGAAAAGGUGUGGCAGCAUCAUUUGACUCGGUCGGGCGUGAUACCGCAGACUUGUCACUAGCGGUGAUUGGAAGAAAAGGGACCUUUGUCUCUUUUGGAAAUGCUUCUGGUCCAGUUCCUCCCCUUCAGCUCAGCAGAUUGUCCGCGAAAAACCUGAAGGUAGUCAGGCCAGUUCUGUAUGGCUACAUCACUGAGCAUGAGGAGUUCGAAAAGUAUACGAACCAGCUUUUCCACUUGAUUGACUCAGGUGACCUCAAAAUCUACAUAAGCAAGACAUAUCCAUUGGAGAAUUACGUUGAUGCGGCUCGCGAAUUCGAAGGUCGUAAGACCACAGGGAAGCUGGUUUUUGAGAUACCACAAUGA